AACUCGGGUCGGAGCAAGCGGGCGAGCUAGACAGCGUCCCCAAGCCAUGGUCCCUACCGGCCGCGGCUCAGCCUGGGUCCUUCUGCUCCAGACCCGAGUGCCCAAAGCAGGCUUUGGUUUCAUGUCAGCAGCCUUCAACUGCCUUCCAAAAAUAAGCCCCUGCCGCCAUGCCGAGGGGAGAAAAACAAGAAGGGCGGUAUUUUUAGGGCCAUUAAUUCUGACCACGUGCCUGAGAGGCAAGGUGGAUGGCCCUGGGACAGAGGCUCUUCAUCACUAUGUCCCGGGGAGCAGGACGUCUGCAGGGCACGCCGCAGGCUCUCGUCUUCCUCAGCGUCCUAGUGGGCAUGGUGGCGCCCUCCCCGGCGGGCACCCGCGCCAACGGCACGCUGCUGGCCUCGAGGGGCUGGGGCGCCUUGCUGUCCAGGUCCCGCGCUGGGCUGGCUGGAGAGAUCGCCGGCGUGAACUGGGAAAGUGGCUACUUGGUGGGGCUCAAGCGGCAGCGGAGACUCUACUGCAACGUGGGCAUUGGCUUCCACCUCCAGGUGCCACCGGACGGUCAGAUCAGCGGGACCCACGAGGAGAACCCCUACAGCCUGCUGGAGAUUUCCACGGUGGAGCGAGGCGUGGUGAGUCUCUUUGGGGUGAAAAGCGCCCUCUUCAUUGCCAUGAACAGUAAAGGAAGAUUAUACACGACGCCCAGUUUCCAAGAGGAAUGCAAGUUCAGAGAGACCCUCCUGCCCAACAACUACAACGCCUACGAGUCAGACCUGUACCGAGGGACCUACAUCGCUUUGAGCAAAUAUGGACGGGUGAAGCGGGGCAGCAAAGUGUCCCCCAUCAUGACCGUCACCCACUUCCUCCCCAGGAUAUAAGGACCCUGGAGGAAGGCUCCCAGGUGGCAACAGCGUCUUUUCUGUUGGAAUUUUGCACAAGUUGAACAGUUUCCCCUCCCCCCAUGACUCCUGAGUCGGGCUCCUCUUUUGCGUGGGGAGGGCCGAGCCAGUUUCUUCGGCCACCAGACCCCAUGGCAUGUGAGCCAAUCAAGUGGGGGGUGGCAGCCGGCAUCCUAGAACAGUGGGUCCACGCUCUGGCCUCACCUGAGGAAAGAAGGUACAGGUGACACUCGUGCAAGGGGACCUUGGGCCCAGGACAGGCAGGGGGAGGAAGCGUGUGUGCGUCGAUGUAUAGCCAUAGUCUCAGGGUGAAUCCUCAGCGCCAAGGCAUUUGGAACAUCAGGUUUCUUCCUCCCGGCGUCAUUGCUGCAGGAAUCUGCCUGCAAGAAUGUCACCUGUCAAACCAGCAGGAUUGACACGUACCCCCAUUCUGCCUCUUUCCAAUCCCCUUUCCAUUCGGUGGCCACUGACUGUGUGGGUUGCAUGGGGGAGGGGGGGUGGCGGGGAGCAGCUGUCCUCUAAGUGCAAAGCGGGCAGGUGACAGGGAGUAAGGUUUAGCUGCAAGGCAGAAAGUGAGGGGCACUCCAGGCAUCCUGCCUGUGAGGGCUCUGGGGACCCUGGAAUGCAUGGUCAGGGAAGCUGGGGGAGGAGGGACCGCCUCCUGGAGGCGAGGAGUCGAGCAGCUCCCAGGGCAGUGGAGGGAGGCACCGGGGGUUCCAUGGAGAGCUGCUCUGCCCAGACGAUUCAGGACUGCGCAUGGCUCCAGGAACAAGCUGGGGCCGGGCUGCCUGCCCAUGACUUUUCCUCACGUUGAACCGGGUCUUAUUUUAACCUCAGAUGACAAGGAUCCUAAUAAUGGCAACCUCUUUGGCGAAGGGUGAGGGGGUACAAAAUAGGGCACGAAGGAAGUAGAGAGGCUUUGGACGGCAGAUGCUAAUUCCUCUCCAGCCACGUCCAGGAAACUCACCCAAGUUCUCAUCUGAUACCCUCACUUCCUUCUCGGCGUCCUCUUCUUGCACACACGCUGGGGGAUGGAUGCAGCAGAAUGAGCAUGGUGAUCUCCAGAGUUUGCCCCCUCUGACCCCCUACAGUAGGAGAAGAGUGAUAAUCCCGUGAAAUCCAGCAGCCAAGCCCAAGCGGCUCCUAGCCGUACGAUGACUUCCUGCCUCCUGUCCUCGGAGAGUACUUAAAGCAGAGGUUCCCCAAGUGACUAUAAAUGUUGCUGCCUGGAGCCUUCAGAUUCCUGAACCAUUGGAACGUUCCUAAAUCUGAAACCAGAGAGAGCUGUAUCAGAGGGCACAUAUUUUCAGCGUACGUGAACCGACGAGUUACCGGAUGAGUGGACGCCCUCUGCAACUCCCAGGGGCCCCCGCCUGCAAGACAGGCCCUCAUCUGCUGCACAUACCUUCAUCUCUGACAUACCUCUCAAGCUGCAGAUGCGUCCAUCUAUAUAUAGAUUUGAGAUGAGCUGAAGACAGAGGUUGGCCAUCCCCGGGAGAGCCACCCAGCUGGCCACCUCCUCUGCCCGGCCAAAAUCAGGUGAGGCACGUGCUGGGGGACGAGGGAAAGGCCCCAUCAAGGCGAGCAAAAGUGGAAGAGACGGUCAGAGGUCAGGAUGAGAGCGGACGUGGUCAAGCCUUGGCUAGAAACUGGAUGGAGCCGGAGCCUUGGUCAAGUGGGAGGGGAGAAAAUCGGCCCAUCUUGACUGUUCAGAAUGUUUCAGGUGUGGGUCUGUUGGAAGCAGGGAACAAAGCUCAUAGCUUUUGAGGAGGUCCUGUCCUGAGUAAGUGAUCUCUUUUAAAACAGGGUACAUCAGCAGCAGAUGCACCCAGAACAUGAGCUACAUGUCAGUUCCUGACAGGACAUAGUGGGAGGGUAGGAGGGCUGGGUGGAUGGACAGACAGGGACCCGGAGAGAAGAAGGAAGUUGCAGGUCCCAGAGCAUCCAUCCAUUCCCUUCUUCCCAGGUCUUGGGCCACCUUGGUAUGAGGCAGCUCUAAGAGAGUCACGAGGCCAUGGACGGUUAGGUGUUUCCUGUAACUCCCUCAAGGCUCAUCAGAAUGCCCAGAUCCUGAUCAGAAGUUCCCCCAAAUGUCCACUGCCAUCUUUUCUUGCUGAGAGUGAGAACGAGAAGCUCUGAAAUGCCCAGGACCAGGCAGGCUUGGCACCCAGUCGCUCAAGCACAUUGGUUACCCAUGGCUGGCAGCGCUCUAGCACCUGGGCGUCUGUUCUUCUAGGCACGAGGGCCCAUCUGAACCGAUAGUUAUCUGUUUGGAAGCUGGAUCCUGGGAUGUCUCACUGGUGCUUUAAAAUCCUCCGCAUUCAAAGGAAUUCUCCCAAGGGCUUUCACUUUGACCUGUGAGUGACAGGCUUAGGAAAAGUCAAUCCCCAUCUGCAGAAGUGGGUCACCUUACCAGGCAGGAACAGAGCGGGAUCAGCAAGGCACCCCCCAAACCCCUCUCUCCCAAGGCUGCAUCUCUGUGCAACUGCGAGGAGUCCUCUCCGGUCUGACCACCAUCUGAGUCCUGAGCUCAGCUCUCAGCCUCGUGGGACCCACAGGGCUGCAGAAGAGCUUGCAGAAGCAGGGGAACAAGAGUGAACCCCACCUUCUCGCUGAGAUUGGGCUGAGAAUGACUUGAGUCCUCCCUCCCUCACCCACAAUCUGAGCUUUGAUCUUGGUUUAUAGAGUUUUGUAGCUAAUUGGCCUCUCUUCCAACCCAAACCUUUUCGAGCAAAGGUGGGGCUCUAGAAGCCCAGAGGCUGCCUUAUUCCCUCUUCUAGAGCAAACGAUGAAGAAGAGGGCAGCACAUGUGCACCCCUGGAAGGUGGCUUCUCAGCUGGGAUGAGGUUGGCCCAGAACAGAGAGGUCCCCAGGCCCACGGAGAGUCUAUACCCUCUGGGGCCACAGAGAGACCUCAGAGGAAGCCAGGGAACUCCCUGCUUGCUCCUGCCAUUGACAGUGUUCAUCAUUCACCGCCUUCUAACCCCCAUCCCACCCCACAGCCCAGACGGGAUUGAACUUUCCUGGAAGCAGCACAUGAUUUUGUAAUUAAUACCCUGUCCUUAUCCUCAUAACCUCCCCUCUGCCACCAUGUCCACCCUCCACCUCCAACACCGUACUCCAAGCCCCAGGUCAGGGCUGUUCUUUGGCUUAAGAAAGAGGGUUCUCUCUCUCUCUUUC